AUGCUUCUCGACGAAGAUCCCGCGACUCUCAUCCACCACACGAUUGGCAACUUCAACAUUACACCCGACAAGCUCGCAGUUUCACGCAUAAAUGAAUCGCUAUCAACACUUCAACAAGCUCGCGAUCUGCGAGUACGAGAAGCUGAAAGUGCACUGAAGAAGCUCUCCCGAAAACUCACAACACUGAAUAACCACCACCUUGAGACGAUUGCUUCACAUUCAGUUACCGCACAUGCGUCAGAGAUUGCUACUCUCGAUACACAAAAAUUCCGAAUUGCAAAGUCUGCGAAUGAUCUGGAGAUUGAGUCAGAGCGUUUAUCGUCACAACUUGCAGAUCUUCAGGCACGGCUACAAGAGUUAGAGCUGCAAGGUGUAGAUGGCGGCGAAAAUGCGAGGAGAGGUCUGUUGUAUGAUGAGAUCAGUCUGAAGCUUAAGGUCUACAGAAGUUUGGGUGUCGAUGUGGACAGGGACGAAAAGGGCCAGUACGCGAAAGCUGUGAUUCGAAAUGGAAACAAGGGAGACGUUCACGUAAUCAAUAUGGAUGGGAAGUUCUCGCAGUUUUUUUAUGCGAAUUACUUCUGGUCGACGAUGUAG